AUGUAUGGCCCUCCAGUGGAUCUAUCAUUUAAAGACAUCAGCAGUGUGACAGGUGCACUCUCAGAACAACCCAGAAGUGGCCUGCGGCCUUUAAACACAAACUCAAAGAGGAAGUAUCUGAGCCGUUCUUUGCGUCUCAGUAACAAUAGCAUCACUGACCUUGUUGGCCUCCAAUACACUCUUGGCUUCUUUCUGGCUGAACCAUCACAGCUCGGCUGGCUUGACCUAUCCUUCAACAAACUCACAGGCAUAGAUCCAGUUUUGUGUGAGCUUCAUGAACUGCGUGUAUUGUACCUUCAUGGCAACGGCAUCUGGAACCUGUCAGAGAUAGACAAGCUGGGAGAGCUGCAGCAUCUACACACCAUCACACUGCACGGAAAUGCCAUAGAGACCACUAAAGGGUACAGGAAAUAUGUGAUUUCAGGCAUGCCUCAGUUGAGGACGAUGGACUUUAGCGCUGUGACACGUGAAGAGCGAGUCUUGGCAAAUUCUUGGCGUCAACACACCAACUCUGGCAGAAACACCAAGGAGAAUUUCGAGUAA